CGCCAGCGCAGGACUCGCCCGACUAGACCAGGCCACAUCGGGACCCGGCGCCUUGGCAUCCACCGUUCCAGGCUUCAUAUUCACGACGAGCUGCUCGCCUCGUGCCUCCCUUCCCGGGUCCAUGGCAUCUCUAGACUGCAAUGUUGCAAGCUUGUCUUUCGUUACUGUCAUUGCGUUGUCACUCUGGCGAGGCAACCUGCAGGGAUACACCAACCGAAGGCACGCUUAGGCGGCACGUUCCACCAACUACGGCACGCUUCUCCGGCGGCUCGUACUGUACUCGGUGCUCCCCCAAAGCCACCCGCCCUCCCACUUCAACACCACCUCCGCACGAGCGCCGUUGUGCGCGCCCAACACCAGCUCCGCCAGGUCUCUCAUCCACGACAGUAGUCACGCUUCGCACCCUUCAUAACGACGGCUCGAGCGAACACAAAGCCUGGGGCUCAACCUCAGGCUGGCCUGAGACACGGGCAACUUUCGAGUCGGCUGUGACAAUCCGACUCGCUCGUGCUGAUCCAUCUGCAUCAACCAUAUCCAGCUCGCCCAUCAUGCGUCCACCGAGGAUCGCCAUCCUCGCCUUCUUCUUCGGCGCCUGCCUCUUCACCCUUGGCCGUGCCAUCUCGACGGCCACCACGAGGUCGACCACUCCGCCUCCUCCCGCCGUCGACUCGCAGCCCCUUGCCGCCACGAAGCGCAUAGGCACCUUUUCGUCAUUCUUCUCCUUCUCGGCGCCUUUCAUCCUCUUCCCACCCAACGCCGUAAUCACCAUUGCCGACGACAACACCACAUCUUUCGCCGCCAGACCCGCGGCAUUUGGCCCUCCUCUGCCCGCUUUCGGUCUUACAGGUCAGCUAUGGAUUGGCAGUGGGUUCACCAAGGAGUCGCUACUCGACGGCGAAGGGGAGGGCGAGCGAGGCUGUAGUGAUGCUCCCAACUGGGACGACGGCACCAAUUCAGUGUUUACGCCCUUGAGUGGUAGCGCCAAAGGUAGGCCGUCCUUCAGCGGGCCUGGAGGCAGCCGUCACAGCAGAAACGGACCAGCAGACGCCCUUAAGGACUCUGUCAUAGAUCGACUGCCCGCUGUCGGUGUUGCUGCCAAGUCGAAGCCACCUCCGAUCCCGCUUGACGAUGGUACGGACGACUAUCUGCACCAGGGUCUUGGUGGAAAACCUGUCAAGCAGACUCAGAGCGACGCUUUCGGCCUCGACUGCGUUGGACAUGCCGACAUUCAGUCCAUUCAGGAGGGUGCUGAGAUUGCUGGCAAGAUUGUUCUUCUGAGUCGUGGAGGCUGCGGAUUCCUCGAAAAGGCCAAGUGGGCUCAGCGGCGUGGCGCGGUCGCUCUUAUCGUUGGUGACAACCAGCGUGGCGGGCCUCUGAUUCAGAUGUUCGCCAAGGGUGACACUUCCAACGUCACGAUUCCAUCCAUCUUUACCUCGCGCACUACUGCGUAUCUGCUUUCUCUCAUGCUGCAAUCUGGCGCAGGUUUCGAAAAUGUCAUGGAUGAGCAUGGGAAACUGGCUCUCAAGGGACAGCCACUCGACAAGACCACCAAGAACAAGAAGGGGAAGGAGCAGGGCACUCACUCGGCUGCUUCGGUAGCAACUAGUGGUGGUAAGGGCACAAGUGGCAAGUCUUCGGUCAGCGCGGAUAGCACUGCAUCCUCUUCCAGCUGGUUCGCUCGUCUCUUCGGCAUCGGGACCACUUCCGGUGCUGGCGAUGUCGAUAACAGACCGCCGAGAAGCGGACGACUGGAGUGGAAGCAAGUCGAGGACUUCAGCGAUGAGAACGAUACUCCGGCUGCAAAAGGCCGUGCGAAAACUGGCACAGCGGUCAAAUCGACGUCGGACCAGGUUACUCCUGACGACUUUCAGAUCGGAGUGCAAGACUGGCGCGAUCCUGAUCUGGUGGGAUUCGAGGAUGGCGUGGACAUCGCCGACAGCAGUCUGCCGAAAACGAAGAAGAUCCCCGAGUCCGCAGCGAAACGAGCAGCGGAGGAGAAGCCACGACAAGCGAACAGCAUCACGCCCAGCAGCAGCGAAUACAUUGCAAGCAGCUUUCCAGCCAAGGACCGCGACGCCAUUGGCAAGGCUAAGGACAAGACGUCACCUACAACCAAGGAGAGCCCCGGUGGGCUGAUCUCGAAGCUUUUUGGCAAUCACGACAGUGUUGGCAGCGCUCGUGGCGAAGAUCAACCUGCGCCAAUCACCACGUCCCCGGCCAACAGACCGGAUCAAGGCAGGGGCAUGCCGCCGCCGCAUCACGAGGGGCUUUGGGUCGUCAUUACUCCCUCAAGUGGCGCCAGUCCUUUCUUCGACGCCCUGCUUGUUCAUGUGAUCAGUGGGGUUCUUGUGAUCAGCCCACUGAUCACAUUGACCGUCGUAUAUGCGCUGCUGAUUCUCCGCGCCCGCAUUCGCAGAAGACGCUGGAGAGCACCCAAGUCUGUCGUGGAGAGGCUUCCCGUGCGAACCUAUCAAACAGUGGCAAAUUCAUCGACCCAAAGCUCUCGUGUACCAUCCCCUACAAGUUCGUCGCCAACGACACCGCUUCUUCAAAGCACGGAACUGCCACAGCGACCCCGACCUCGGUCUCGAACCACUACUGGUGUUUUGACGGCCGACGAAGUCAUGCAAGCUGAGACGGCCCAUGCAGUACCCAGCUCUGCGCGGGCAAGAGGAGGGCAGAAGCCGGAGCACGAGAAGCGUGGUAGUCAAUGGAAGAAAUACAUAGGACGUCAGGUUGAGUGUGUUGUUUGUCUUGAAGAAUAUGUCGAUGGCGUCAGCCAAGUCAUGAGUCUUCCCUGCGGCCAUGAGUUUCAUGUGGACUGCAUCACUCCUUGGCUUACGACUCGGCGACGCACAUGCCCCAUCUGCAAGGGUGAUGUGGUGCGGUCACUCGCCCAUGGUUCUUCUUCAAGCCCUCGCUACGAACCAUAUCGCGACGACAGCGAGGACAACGAUGUCUCCUCGCACAACUCGCUACCUAGCUCUGACGCAAGUAGCUCUGACGCAAGUAGCUCUGACGCAACUCUGACGCAAGUAGCUCUGACCCAAGUAGCUCUGACCCAAGUAGCUCUGACGCAAGUAGCUCUGACGCAAGUAGCUCUGACCCAAGUAGCUCUGACGCAAGUAGCUCUGACGCAAGUAGCUCUGACGCAAGUGCAGAAGAUCGUGAGGAUCCCGACGUUGAGCGCGGAGUCAGUUCCUUGACGAGCAAUCGGCAGGAGAGCUGGCUGACUAUGAUCACUGGCAUUCUGCGACCGCGUUCGACCCAGCGCAGGGACGAUCGUGGCGAACAGGACCGUGAUCGGUGAUGGCUUGCGCGCAUGCGCUGUGGAUGGAGACAGCGUUGCUGUGCUCACCACGACCUUGGCUGGCUGUUUGUUUUGGGAUAGGUUCUGCAUUUCUUUUAGCCCGAGGGCUGGCGCAAGGGUUUAUUCAUAGCGAUUAGGACUCGGUACAUAAGAUACACCACACCACUUAAGUAUUGAAUAGGUGGAAUGAGCAAAGCCAUGGUUUUCAGACGGAUGGCGAUGUUAAUGGCUCAACCUAAUUUGUCAAUGUCCUGUAGCAAGUGAGGAGCGCCACGAAUUCUUUGCUCA